UGGUUUUAGAUUGAAUUUUCUUUUCGAUAUAUACAAAAGAAAAGAAAUGUUCAAUUUUAUCAUUUUAUUUACAAUGAUGAUGAAAAUGGCUUUGACCAUCAACAUUGGUCAAACUAUCAACCAAAUCGAACAAUUCUGUUUUGAUGAUUCACAUCAUAUUAAAGCUAUGUUUAUGAUGGGUGAUUAUCUUGUUUUUCGAAUGAAUACCGAAACAUUAUAUGGAUUAUAUCAUUGGAAAAAUGGUCAUUUAUUAUCUAGUGUUUGGCAUCAACAAGAUAUAUUUGUUAAUGUUUCAGCUCAACAUUAUAAUCUUGAUUAUUUGACCACAAUGGAUUUAUGUCAAUUAUUUACCUUAGUGUCGCCAUCUGUUAAUCAACAGACAAGACAUAAUGGUCCAAUUUUUAAUGAUAAUAUUGUUCAUUCGUUAGCAUCCGAUUUGCAAAAAAUGAUUAUUGAUCCUGAUCCAAUGAAAGGUGUCAAUGAUGUGAAUAGCCAUCAGUUUCGUCAAGUUUCAUUGAGCAAGGAGCCUUAUGUAGAUGACAAAGGACAUGGUGACAUCAAAACCCAACUAGAAAUGUUUGAAGCCCGAUUGCGUACUUUUUCCGAUCGAUUAAUACAACCAUCGCCUCGAUUAACGUCGAAACAAUCAUCUUGUGGUGGUCAACUUAUUGUGGCUACAUUUUGCCAUUCUCAACGUUCAUUCGAGAAUGACAUAUGCCAUGACUCAGUUAGCCAAACUGAUCAACAAAAAUGCUGGCCUAAAACAAUGUUCUUUCAAUAUAUUACUAGCGAUGAUCCUGCCCAUCCGUUUCGGCUUUUACCGAUUCCGUUCAAGUACAGUCUCAUUUCCAAUCUAUUGUCAUUGCGAGGCUUGUUUCAAAUGUCUGAUCCUCGUCGAUUUGUGCAGAUAUCAAGUAGACUUAGAUGUCACAACGAUCAGGCUGUUAUGGCUCGCACAUUGAUGGACGUGAUCGACUUACAUCGCGAUGAUCUGAUUAGCGGUUUCCAUCUAGAUCAAUUUGAUUUUCUUCAAAGUAGAACGAUUCCCGGUCAUCUUGAUUAUUUAGACUCAACGAAAAUCUCUAUGGCAGAAUUCUUUAAUUGUUUUGGCAAUUCUUCGGCUAUACGACUUCCAUUAGCCUUGCAAUAUGAUCACCGACAAUCACAACUAAUUGCCGAUCAGAUUGUCAAAGUUACUUCUACUACUGCUGAUCCAACUUAUGAAUCGCCGAUAGUCAACAAUCUGAUUGUCAAAAGUCAUUCUCGACGACAAUCCAAAAGAAAAAUCAAAUUUCAUUCGACGACCACACAAUCGACUGAAAUAACAACUUCAGAAUUUUCACAGUUCAAUCAACGAAAGAAGCGACGAUCUUCAACAUCAACCGAAAUAAACCACAAAAAAGAAAUUGAGCAAUUUUGGUCAAUGGCAACAAUUAAAACAACAACCACGUACAUUUCUAGUGAUAACAAAAAACGAUUUGACCAAAAUUGGUGGCGGGAAUAUAAUUCUUUUGAUAUGGAAUCAGAAGAAAAACCUGAAACUACAACAUAUGAUGACUAUGCAGAAACCGAAACAGAUAUCUCAACUAAAAUAAACUGGUAUCAACAGUUCCAAAAUAAUAAUAGAUCCAAAUUGUUCAUCAUUAUUCUAAUAAUUAUUCUUGUGAUAGCUGGAUGUUUAAUGCGUCUUGGCCGUUCUGAAGCGAAAGAAAAAGACGUCUUUUUUCAUCGAAAAAAAUCAAGAAAGCAUCCCAGUAUUCGUAAAAACAAGUCUAAAUCUUUCAGUAAAAAAAGAAGUCAUCGUAGGGCUUCACGUUUGACUCAAAUUAAACAAAAUGUACAAAUUGAUGAUCCAUUAAAAAUGGAUCAUAAUGAUCAUAAUGAUAUCAUUGUAAUUGAUGUGGAAAAAAUUCAGCAAUCUAAUAUGCUUGAUCUAACAUUAACUAAUCGAAUUCAAACAAUGGUAGAUGAAUCGCGAAUUAUUACCAAAAUGAUGAAUCAACCUUACAAGGCUAUCUAUGAUACAGUUUCAUCGAUUCGAAUGUCUCCGAAACCUGAAGAAUCACCGCCAUCAUCAGCUACGAUUCGGUCAUUAUUAUCAGAAUCACCACCACUUGAGCCGAUGAUUGAAGCUGGUGAUGAUGAAAGAAUUCAUUUUAAUAAUUCAUUAAAACCUGCCAUCAAUGAUCCAAUUUAUGGGGAUAUUGAUGAUAAUAAUGUCAAAAUGAUGUACAUAUUACAUCGAUUAGCUAAAAGUCUACACGCAUCAUGAUUAGUUUGUUUUUUUUUGCUAUU